AUGGAUGGAGAUUUCAUGCAUCUUAGGUGUGCUGGUCAUAUUAUAAACUUGAUAGUGAAGGAUGGAUUGACUGAAAUCGAUGCUAGUGUGGCUGCAGUCCAUAAUGGUAUCUCAUAUGUCUGGUCAGGACCAAAUAGAAGAAAGGCGUUUCAGCAAAGAGUCGAAAAUGGUAGGUUCUCAAAGGGUAGUAUGCCACUAGAUGUGCACACAAGGUGGAAUUCUACGUAUUUGAUGCUGACAAGGGCAAUUAAGUUUAAAGGAGCAUUUGAUAAAAUGGAGUUUGAGGAUAAGCUUUACAAUGAUCACUUCUUGGAGUAUGAGAAUGGCGUAAAAAGGAUUGGACCUCCUCAAACCGUAGAUUGGCUUAAAAUUGAGAGGUUAGUUAAGUUUCUUAAUGUUUUCUAUAAGGCUACAUUGGUAGUAUCCGCCUCCACUACUAUGAAUGCACAUCAGUGUUAUGGCGAGAUAGUUAACAUUGCUGUGAAGCUUCAGUUACUUUGUGCUAGUGGGGAUAAGGAUGUGAAAUUGAAUGCUGAGAAAAUGUUUCAGAAAUUUGAUAAGUAUUGGGAUGGGUUGAAUAUCAUUAAUAGGAUGUUGAUUAUUGUUAGUGUUUUUGAUCCGAGAAAGAAGAUGCAGUUUGCAAGUUUGUGUUUUGAUGAGUUGUAUGGGGUAGAUACUAUAGAAGCUUGGGCAAUGAAAGAUUCAGUUAAGGCUAUCAUGCGUGAUAUGUAUAAAGAGUACAUUGAAAGAUAUGCUGAAGCAACAACAUCUACGGAACAAACUCAGUCUCACUGCUCAUCUCAGAGUAUUCGAGAGAUACAUCAAGACUUAUUUGACUCGGUCGAUGAUGAGUUUGAUGGAUACAACCCGAUGGAGCAGAAGUAUGAUACAUUGCUCAGAACUAUUGGAGUUAGAGAUACUAAUGAACUAGAUAUGUAUCUGAGAAAAGAAUUUGAGAAUCCAAAUUUGAUGAUAUUGGUGGAAGGUCAAUAG